GCAGGUCUGCUUUGGUUUUACUUUUUGGAAUUUGGUCUCAUGGUCAUGUCACUUGAACCUGGGUUUUUGGAUUUCGACAACUUACCGGAUACAAAUUUUUCUUGCGUGGGAAAAGUUAUUGGAGGGUAUUAUGCGGACUUGGAAACCAACUGCCAAAUGUUUCAUGUUUGUACAAUUGGCCAGUUGGAUGAACCAAUGGAUAUUCGAUUUCUUUGUCUAAAUGGCACCGUAUUUGACCAGGAAACUCGAGUUUGUGAACGCAUCGAUGAAGUUGAUUGUUCAAAGUCCGAGAAAUUCUACAGUCUAAAUUUGGAGCUUUACGGCAACACUCAACCCCCCCUUCUAGAAGAAACUCCGGAGACCGAGUCAUCUUUUGCUUUAAAGAAGCCGUCAACUACCACAACAACCACAACAACAACGUCUACACCUUCUCCUCCGCCAAAAUCAAAAUCUACAUCGCCAAAUUACUACAACAAUCAUCAACAAACAACCGUUCAUCCUCUUCCUAAAGAAAUCACUUCGGUUCAUCUUCCGGUCGGAGAAUCAUCCGAUAUUAGGUUUAAUCCGUUGGAAAUUAACGUUAAUUUAAAGCCUCAAGCUCCUCCUAUAAUCAAGACUCAAAUUCCAAAGCCCAUUUCAUUCCAUCACCAAAGUUACGUAAACGACAAUCCACGAACCAAAGUAACUGUAACAACUGCUGCAUCUAAUAAACCGCAUCGAGUGCCAUUAUUGCCAACAGUAACUCGUCUGCCCCAAACAUCCCCCAAGGUCGACGUAAUGCUUCAAAUGGUGAAUUCGCACACUGGUCCGACGGCUCAAGAUAUAUUCGAAUUUAUUAAUCAGCAUCAAAAUUCACACGGGCCUGGCCCAACAGAAGUUAACUUUGGAUUCACAUUCCAUGAUACGGAAUCAUCACGUCACACAACUGAAAAUCCUAAUGUCAAUUAUCAUUUUCAUCACCAAGCUCAUGUCGAUGGGCUGAGACCUCCACCUUUAACGUCACAAGAACAAUCAUAUAUUCAUUCUAAAAUUGCUAAUAAUGAUUAUAGGAACGAAUAUUCCUCUCAAACUACAGCAAGUGGAAGAGACAAUGUGACACCGUCUAAAAGACUUACUCCAAAUUUCCAUCAAUUUAGUACGGAAAAGCCGCACGGAUUACAACUGCCACUGCCCGCACUUCCCCAUUUACAUCCCUUGAGCUUUAGUUCGCCUGCCCCGUUUAGUUUAAAUCCCCGCAUUGAAAGUAAAAGAUACACUCAGAACAGUAAUGCCCCUAGAAUAGUGAUAAGUGCUAGAGCUAGUGUAAGUGAUAAUAAUGGAAGAAGAUUAAAUUAUUCUUUAGGUACAAUAGGCGAAACCGAAUUGGUUGGUGUUCCGGUACCUAACUAUGAGGAAUACAAAGACGAUGCAGACGGUAUAUCUUACUACGAAGACGACGACAAAGACAAUAAAAAAGAAAGAAGUAAAAGAAGCAUAGAAGAUGAAAUUGAUGACUUUAUUAAAGCCGAUGAAGACGGUAUCGACGUUUUAAAAUAUCUUUAUGAUUGGUAUUCUAAACAAGAAGAACAAACGACCGUUCCAAGUUUAAUUGCCGAAAUAAAUUACAAGCUUGCACCUCUUGACCCAGAAAUUGCCGAAUCGCGUGGUGAAUAUGCUCUUAAAACUGUCAGUAACCCGCCCUCACGAAAACCUAAAAGUAAAACCAAUUCACAACGAAAGCCAUUCGUAAAAGAUAGAAAAGAAAUAGGAGCCGCCUUUCCCAUUGCAACUACUUUCAACGACGACCAUUCAGAAGAAGAAUUUGGUAGUACGUUCGGUACACCGUUUGGAGGAUUUGAAAAUAAACCUUUCGAUUUUGCUCGCGACACCGACCAUAGUUUCUUCGACAAAGAUAGUCAGGAUAGUUUUGAAGUAUUUAAAGAUACUCCAAACGAUGAUGAUUUUCCCAAUCCCGAUUUAGGAGAUGUUGAAGAACAUAUCGAAAAAGAUGACAAGAAAGGCAGGAAAUACUCUUAUAAGAAAAUUGUGCUCUCCCAGGCAACAGGCGACGAUGACAAGGAAGUACCACAUGGCAAAAGUAUUGUUAAAAACAAUAAAGUUAUUUCUCAUGAAACAUUUUCGGAAUUCACUAACUUCACUGAUUAUGAUGAUCAUGAUGACCCGAAGGACCCGAAGAUUCAACGUGAACAUUUAACAACGGAAAAAGUUCCUCAAAAAGAGUUUGUCACACCUGACAUUGUUAAAGUGCAGUCAGGCACAACAGCAACAGCAACACUAACAACAUUUCCCAUAACUACAGUAACACCACCUCUGGUAUCAGUGACAACAGUGACAGCACGUGAUACUACAACUUCCAUGGGCACAACUACUACUACUUCCGCUAGAAGCGUAAAUAGCAGAGGAAGAAACAAUUCAAGGCGGCGUUCAAGAUACAGAACUACUACACGUCCUCCAGAAAUACAAUCUAUGAGCACAAAAAGAAAUCGAAAUUCACAAAGGCGAACAACAAGCCGCACCACAACAACCACCACCACCACCACAGAAAAGACCACAACUUCAACUGCGACUUCCACGAAGCCAAAGUAUGAAAAAGAUGAUGUUGAUUAUGAAAUUGACGAUUCAUACACCCUGUCGCCGUCAACAACAGCUUAUCCAACGAGUACAAAUUCCAGAACUGGUGCAACUAGUAGAACAGGUCAGAUAAAAGGUUCUGUAGAUUAUUCUACAGCAAGAGUUUCGCUGAGUGACAAGACCACUGCCGAAUAUUCCACAUCUACAGACGCACUUUAUACAACUCAACGUUCUACCACCGUAUCAUAUGAGGGAACAACGCCGCUUGUACCAUCUAAAUCUUCUCAAAAGCAAACUGACUCGAAAUUACAAAAUUCAGAUGAUUCCAGCGAAGAAAUUACUGAAGACAGUUCUGAAGAGGAUGACACAGAAGACACGUCUGAAUCAAGUACUGUAAGUACAACAACCUUGAAAACAUCUCUUCCUCUUGAAGAUAUAUUUAACUAUUUUGUUUCGACGCCUAAAAUUCCCACAAACGAUUUGGUGAGCUCAACAACAACUGAAACAAACGAAACAAUAAAAGAAUCAGACCAUGGAUUUGCAUCAAUUACAGAAGUACCGAGCACUACAGUACAAAACGACGAUUAUACCGAAACUGUAAAGUCCUUAAUUCACGACAUUGAGCAAAAAACGAAGAGCGUAGUGAAUGAAAAAGAUAUUCAAAAUCUAACAGAAAUGACCACAACAGAUAACACAGUUACGAUUGGUACUUUGGUACCGGAUACGCUUACAAUAUCCACGACGGAAAGUACCAUAAGCAAAACAACAACGGAAAUUAUACCGUCGAGAAGGCAUCAUUCCGAUUCGGGAAGAAGCUUCUCUGGGCACAGAUUUGCCGUUGACAAACAUAAACCUGAUGAGCCACCAGUUCCUAAACUACUGCAUGAAUUGCUCGAAUCUGUAAAACAAGCAUUUGAAUCGACUACUCCUUACUUCAACUACCUCAGCACAUACGAAACUACUUCUGAAGAGGACAGCUUUGAUUCCUCCGAAUAUUUAGAUAAUAAUUUUAAUCAACCGAGUACAACAAGAACAACUCUCGCAAACGAUUUUAUUUCCAGUGAAUUACCAUCAACAGAAAAACUGGACGCAGAUUAUUCACGUAAAGAAGACAGUACCAAAAAAUGGUACUUUUUAGAGGAAGAGGACGAUUUAGAAGACAAUUCUACUUCGACAACGGAAUCUCCUAAUACUUCUUUCUCAACUCUCACUACAGAAAUGAAAGAGAAUUCUACAGCCUCAGUUUCUAAUGAAAACCAAAGGGCUGACACCACCACUUUAUUAACGACUGAGGUUACAACGGCAACAGAAACUGCCACCACUACCUCAACGACUACAGCACUUCCAAAGAGAAGAAAGCCCGGGCACCGUUUUGGUGCUACAAACAAAAGGAAACCUCCAUCUCAUAGACUACAUCGACCCUCUUUUGGAGAUUCCUCCACGAAAUUUUCCCGCCGUAGAAGGCCCAACUACCAAAAAACGAAAGUCGACGUUGUCGCCAGUUAUUCCGAAAAUAACACGACGGAGAGAUCCCGUAGACACAGAAAUAAUCAAAACAGUUCUGCCAGUUUACUGACAGAGCAACCCUUGUCGAAAAACGUAAGUCCUACGCAGAGUAAAGAUAACUCUGAAGUCAACGUCACCCCGCCGUACUCUAAGAAGAAGAAAGCCCGGUUACGAGAAGACGCCGGUAGACAGGCGGCAUUUACGUGCUUCAAAAAAGAUUUAAAUAAAUUCUAUUCUGAUCCUAGAGACUGUAGACUUUUCCAUUACUGCACUCCUGGUUAUAGCAAGAGCCAAAUAGUCGAUAUGAAAUUCGUUUGCGAUUUAGGGACGUAUUUCGACGACGAAAAGUUAGUAUGUUCGAAAACGAAACCCUCUAGGUGUUUAUAGAUUAAUUAAUUAAUCAAUUAAUUUUAGCGUAAAUUAUGCUCUCUUGUAUAAUGUCUUGUUGUAAAUAGUCCAUUUUUUAAUUGCUGAAAAUACUGUAAAGCACUUGUUAAAAUACUCAUAGGAUUAUAAGAACUGAGUGUAAAAUAGCUUUUACAAAAUAAAUGUAUUUCUAAAUAUUAAAACAGCACAAUUGUCUGUGUCUGUGUGUACAUUGACUUUUAUAAUGCACAAGGAUAAUAAAAAAUUGAUAUGUAUUCACUUCGCUUGGACCAUUCACAU